AUGGCCAACACAAUCGUCGUCGUCGGAGCUGGUGUUUCCGGAUUGACAUCGGCCUACCUUCUCUCCAAGAACAAGGGAAACAAGGUCACCGUCGUGGGCAAGCAUAUGCCUGGUGACUAUGAUAUCGAAUAUGCCUCGCCUUUUGCUGGGGCUAAUGUAUGCCCAAUGUCCACACAAGAGAACAGCAGAUGGGAACGUCGAACAUGGGUAGAGUUCAAGAGACUCUGCGAGCAAGUCCCUGAGGCGGGUAUUCACUUUCAAAAGUGCUACAUCGACAGACGCAAGAAGGAUACAGAGGCAGCAAAGAACAGUACAUUCCCUGAUGCCCUAUUCCAAGAAGAGCCAUGGUACAAGGAAUUGUUCGAGGACUUUAGAGAAAAGAACCCCAAUGAGGUUACCCGCGGUUAUGAUUCAGGCUGCGAGUUCACAUCCGUCUGUAUCAACACCGCCAUCUACCUUCCCUGGCUGGCAGGUCAAUGCCUCAAGAAUGGCGUCGUUAUCAAGCGGGCCGUUUUGACCGACAUCAGCGAGGCCAAGAAGUUGAGCCACACGGGCAAUGUCUCUAACAUCAUCGUCAACGCUACAGGUCUGGGAUCACUUAAGCUCGGCGGUGUCAAGGAUGAGACUAUGGCACCCGCGCGCGGACAGAUCGUGGUGGUGCGAAACGAGACCACACCCAUGCUCAUCACAUCUGGAGUUGAAGAUGGUGGUGCCGACGUGAUGUAUAUGAUGCAGCGCGCAGCUGGAGGUGGCACAAUUCUGGGAGGAACAUAUGAUAUCGGCAACUGGGAGUCUCAACCAGACCCCAAUGUUGCCCAGCGCAUUAUGCAGCGCGUUGUUGAGGCCCGUCCUGAAGUUGCUGACGGUAAGGGCGUGAAGGGACUGAGCAUUAUCCGACACGCUGUUGGUCUACGACCUUGGAGAAAAGAUGGACUUCGACUUGAGGAAGAAAAAUUGGACGAUGAGACGUGGAUCGUGCACAACUAUGGCCAUUCAGGUUGGGGAUACCAAGGAUCAUAUGGUUGUGCUGAAGGUGUAGUUGAAUUGGUCGACAAGGUUGGCAAGGCCGCCAAGUCAAAGCUGUAA